AUGAUACCAGACGAGGACGAAAGACCCGGCAAACGCUUUGAGUGUGUACAGUGGCGUAUAACGGAUCCGAUGAAGCUGCUCGUUCACAGGAAGAACCUGACGAAAGAUUCCCACGAGUCACGACGAAUACUCAGAGAAGAAAAUGACUUUACAUCAGACGGCGAAGAGAGCGGUGGUGGAGGAGGAGGUGGCGAGGAAGCCGUGGAUCUCACAGCGACGAGAUCUCAUCAGGGCGACGAUGAUCCUAUGGAAGAGGAUGAGGAAGAAGGGAUCGAUGAGCAAGACGAGCAGGACGAGGACGAGGAAGGCUCGCGCAAACAGAUUCAUCAUCGGCAAGAUGCGGAGAACAAUAAUAACUUUGUGGAGAGCGGCUUACCUACCGCUAUAUUCCCACCUGCUGGGACUAGUCACGUCACCCUCGAAGCCCUUCAGAAUACAAAAGUGGCGGUCGCCCAGUUCGCUGCCACUGCCCUCACUGGGGCGGACAGCGAAGCGGCGCUACAAGACUUGGCAUUUCUGGAAAACACGCUGUGCACCCUUCAGAAUCAACAGGUAUUGCAAUUACAGCUGAUUCGACAACUUCAGCAGCAAUUGUUGAUCACCCACGGGCAAUCGGUGAUACAAUCGUCGGCGACGGAGCCAGCUGAUAGCAAAGAGGCCUCGUCGUCUCCUAUUAUUCAUCCGAAACCGCUGUCGAGUCUCGCGUCACCUCCUUCUUCUCGUCCACCGAGUCAUCAUCAGCAAACAUCACCUGCGCCGCUGACGCCGAAUCUGCUUCAGGAACGGCCAACUUCGACGAGCAGCGCCUCUCCUUUGAAUCUACCCCUAUCGUCGUCCAGCGCGACGUCCACCGCCAUCACGACCACCAGCAGCCACAUGCCGAUGCCACAUCAAAUGCCGCCGCUUUGCUCGAUAAGCGCUUCCCUUCCAACAAUUUGGCGGACGAGCUCGCGUUUAGAGGCAAGGGCUCGCGACUAUCUCCUUACGAUUCAAAAUCGAGCGGUGGUCGCGGCGAGCCCUUCUUCAAGCAUCGAUGUCGCUUCUGUGGCAAAGUCUUCGGUAGCGACUCGGCGCUACAAAUCCACAUACGAUCCCACACAGCAAAUCGCUUCCGGGCAGAGGCCGAUGCCGUCCCCGCCGCCGCCGCCACCGCCAUCCUCUCAUCACCCCCCGUUUCAUCCGGCAACGACGCACGGUUUCCUCCCACCACAACCGCCCAUACCGUUGAGUCUCUCCUUAUCCAGUAUGACACCUCUUUACCGAUCUCCAGUUAUUAAUCACCGGGACGAUCAAGAUGUGCCGGAGAAUCUUAGUAAACCCAUAAUUACCGCUCCACAGACAUCUCCCACCUCUCCCGCUGCCAUACUGAAUUCUCGUCAUUCCUUUCACGACAAUCUCCAUCAACAACAUCAAAAGCAGCAACUUGAGCAGAGGGAAGAGAUAAAACUCGAACAGAGAUCGCCCGGGCAGGAGCAGUACCAACAGCGACCGAUGAGCCGGGAAGGCACCGAGCGAAUAACGCCGAAGAGAGAACCCGAGGAAGCGGAAGAGAUCGCUGAGGAAGAGAGCGAGGAUUUCGAGGAAACCACGAGACGAUACCUCAAUUCACCCCAAUCCGCGAAUCCACCGUCCCAGCCGCAAACGUACGACGAUUGUAGUAUGGACAGCAAGAUCAGUGGACGUUUAGAGGGCGACGGAGAGAUGGAAGUAGACGAGGAAACGGAAGAGCAACCUGAAAACCUUUCCGGCAGAGGUACGAUCAAUCGUUUGCCUCAACAAAUCGUGGCGUAUCCAGGAGCGUCACCGGCCAGUAGUAGCGCAAGUAGCGGCAGCCUGCAGACAUCUUUCGCCGGAAUCUUGUUCCCUGGCCCGCCGACUCAUCAUCAAAUUUCUCACCUUCCUGUUUCUACUCAGGCAGGACCAAUUAUGACGUCCGGAAACGAAAUGAUCGAUCCAGCCAAGGAUCCAGCGAUUUAUUCGUCCCUACUACCGCGGCCCGGCAGUAACGACAAUUCCUGGGAGAGCUUGAUCGAAAUAACGAAAACUUCGGAGACGUCCAAGCUGCAGCAACUAGUCGACAAUAUCGAGCACAAGCUGAGCGAUCCUAAUCAGUGCAUCGUGUGCCACAGGGUGCUCUCGUGCAAGAGCGCGUUGCUGAUGCAUUAUCGCACUCAUACCGGUGAGCGUCCUUUCAAGUGUAAAAUUUGCGGUCGCGCCUUCACGACGAAGGGCAAUCUAAAAACCCACAUGGGAGUGCACAGAGCUAAGCCACCGCUGAGAGUGUUGCAUCAAUGUCCCGUGUGUCACAAGAAAUUCACGAACGCCCUCGUAUUGCAGCAGCACAUACGCCUUCACACCGGGGAGCCCACCGACCUCAGUCCAGAACAGAUCCAAGCUGCAGAAGUGAACGAGUUCCCGCCCGGUUACCAUCCGCUGGCGUCCUUCCUCCCGCAAGGAUUCCCGCCGAUACAUACGACCAGUGCAGGCUUCUCCUUAGGAUUCCCUCCAUCCAGGCAAUCGGCCAUCGAGCAACAAUCGCAAGAAAGCGACGAAGCGAAAGAGGAGUCUCAGCACCAACGGCAGAGAUUUAUGGAGGAGCAUAGCGAGGAGAUGGAAGAUCAGGAUGACGAAGAGCAAGAUCACAGAGAGCACGACGAGAGGUGCGAAUUGAACCGCGAUAGUCGUAGCGUCGAAGUUGAAGACGAGCAGGACCACGAUAGUCAAGAUACGACCGAGCACAAGGACGUGACGCUUCCUAUAUUUUCGACUUCGUUGGCGGCGCUCGAGAAUCAAGUGAGGACCAUCACGACGACGGCCACGACCACGAACGUGGCCAGGUCGCCAUCCUUUCACCGAUAUAACGGUAGCGAGAAGAGCACUAGCCCGCCGACCUCCGGAGCCCCACUCGACCUGACGCCCCGUGCUUCGUCCACGCCAGCCUCGGUGGCUUCGGCAUCGCCGACACCUCCACCCCAAACCACGCCGCAUCAUCCACCGAAUCCUUUCGGCAUGUUCGCGGGACUACUGCAAGCAGUUUCGUCCGCUCCUACCACCAGCACGAUAGGCACGCCAAACAUAAACAGCGUCACCUCGAUGAGCGCCGUCAACCCGGGAAGCGGGCCCGGCAGCGGACCGCUAGCCUCGCUGACCACCUCGGCGGUACUAGCCGCGUCAUCGACUUACAAUCCGCUCGGCCUAGCUGUCGGUGGCCCAGCAGUACGUGGCAACACCACAUGUAAAUUCUGCUACAAGACAUUCGCGUGCCAAUCUGCAUUGGAGAUUCAUUACCGGAGUCAUACGAAGGAGCGACCUUUCAAAUGCACCAUAUGCGACCGAGGUUUUUCCACGAAGAACGACGAUUCCGGUCAGCCAGUAUGUUCCUGCGCGGACCAACCCUUCGCCGCGAAGGGUCCGAUCCUCCCACAACCCAAUCCCCAAUAUCGCUCGUACCCGGUGAGACCGGUCGCCGGAAAUAGUGAGAAACCGAAACGCAGGCGGCGGCGGCCUGAGGAGCGGAAGAACCGGGGGCGGACAGGAGCAGGAGGGGGGCGAAGGCUGACGUCUGUUUAUCCUGCCGUCCGCCUGCCCCCGCUGAUGCCACCCGCCCUCGGACUUCUACCCUCGGACCACGUCUUCCUGGGUAAUAUGAAGCAGCAUAUGUUGACUCACAAGAUUCGCGAUAUGCCGCCACAUCUGUUCAGCGACCCCAAGCAUCAGCAGCAGCAGCAACAGCAGCAGCAACCGCAGCAGCAACCACAGCCGCAGCAGCAGCCGCCGCCGCAGCAGCAGCAACAACAGCAACAGCAGCAGGAUCAGGAGACUUCCAGAAGUCCGAUGUGCGUCGACGAUUCGAGCCUACCACCCCCGCCCCCGCCACCUCCACCACCCCCGCCGAUGCCACCGACGUCCAUCGAGUCUACGAUACCGGUGAAGAGGUCGCCGGAAGGAGACCUGCCGGCACCGAAAAGACCAGCCAGCCUGCUGAGCAAGCAUUUGUGCCAGAUUUGCAAUAAGAAUUUCUCCUCGUCCUCGGCGCUCCAGAUUCAUAUGAGAACUCACACUGGCGACAAGCCGUUCCGAUGCACCGUCUGCCAGAAGGCGUUCACCACCAAAGGCAACCUCAAGGUGCACAUGGGCACUCACAUGUUCACCAAUGGAACGUCACGUCGAGGUCGACGGAUGUCGUUGGAUAUACCACCCCUGCCAAUCACGCCCAAGGACUCGGAGUUUCUGCAACGGCGACCGGACCUCUUUUACCCGUAUCUUCCCGCGCCAUUCCUUAACGGCGUCCAGCAGAAGCUGAACGAGAUCUCGGUGAUUCAAAGUAGCAACGGAUUGCCGUCCCAUUCCUUGAGCGCGGGCAAAUACGCGGCGAGCCUGUUCGGCUCGGUGUACGGCGCCGGCGGGGGCGGCUUCUCCCUGGACAAGCAACCGAUGGGGCCGACCAGUAACGGGCCUCUGGACGGCAAGUCCGCGAUACCCUCGGGAUCCAUGCUCUUCCAGACGCCGUCGCCCUCGCACUCGCCCGGCGCGUCGUCCAACGGCGGUAAUCAGACGUCCGCCAGCGUGUCCUGGACCGGCGACACUCUUCAGCAUCACUUCGACCGGGAGACGGCGAGUAGAGCCGAGAACGACGCCACACCGCCCACGGCAGCGCGGCUGCCGCCGCCACCAACGAGGGGAGAGGGGUUGGCCGCGUGAGACUUGACGGAUACAUAUCUCUCCAUCUAACUGCACGAAAGGCGCGAUCGUCCGCUCGUAGCGGCCGCGUCUCCGCCGCGCGUAAGAGGCUGAUAAUAUAAUAUCGAUACGAUUCUCUCAGACUGAAUUAGUUUAGAAGAGGCGAAGAGAAGAGUCGCGGCGAAUGCUGAUAGCGGGUAGACCUCGACCCCGCUGGCCCUCCGUCCCAAUCGGCGAAGGUCUCACCAUCGGCUCCCAUCCGGUCUCGUGGGAUUCAUCAAGGACUGGGAAGAGUUUUUGUGGCGCGCGAUGACGCGUCGCCCAAAGGCGAUUCCCGACCGGAGCAGUUUACGACACGACAUGAUUUUUUUCCCCUGCUGUACCCGUGCAUUUCAAGGAAGACAAUCCUCGGGACUGAAAGCGAUCGUCCAGUUUCUCACGUCGCGAGAGAGCACGAUCGGAACGAUCACCGGGACAAUCGCGCGACCGAGCGUAGCUCGUUGGUGAUCCAGUUGCUUUUUGGCAUUUCUCUACGUACGAGUGACGACAUAUCCCUCCUCUUCUCCUCUCUCUCUCUCUUUCUCUCUCUCUUUGUCUCUUUCGCCCCCUUUUCCUCGUCCCUUUCCCACACGCCCGGUAGUGGUUUUCAAUGUCUGCGAGCGAAGACACCAUGUUCCUAUUAUCGCGCUAGUCUUAAUAUGCGUAAAAGGGGGUCGGUAGAUUCCAUCGAUCCGUCGACGGCUUCCGAGUAGGCUAGGACACCGGGAGUUUCGACCUCGGUUCGAAAACUCUCGACGAGGCUCGAUCGCGUCACCGCCGCCGUCGCCGCUGCCGCUGCACGCGUUCAUCGUUUAUUCAAGCCGAGCUUCCGCGAUGCGGGCGGCCGGUGACGACGGGACGUUCCACUUAAAAUAUUGAUCCCGCGCACGAUCGAGCCUCGUAGAAACGUGCAUCCACGGUAUAUCCACGUACGAAUUCGCGAAUCCCUCGCACGGGAGUCCCCGCGCGGUGACGCGACGCCUAGACUGAGCUCGGGCUCGCGGGGGUAGGCGAGCGCAGGCCGCAAGACAUGUGGCGUCGCGUCCUUACGGGCGACCCCGACACAGUUCGACCGUCCAUUCGCGACAGCGGUGGUCACCUCUCCGGGUUAUCUAAAAGGCUACGUUAUAAAUACUUAUAUACAUAACGAUAAA